CCUCAGCUGACCCUCAAGCUGGGCUCAUACAUAUACCGACCACUCGAAUCCACUCGCAUCGAAUUACGACCCAUACUCUAGUUAUGCCUUCUUCUAGUCUCAAAACCAGCAAGUCGAGCAUCAUCUCCAAGAUCGAGGUCUUCCGCGUGCCGCCGCGCUGGCUCUUUGUCCGCGUCGAGACGGCGGACGGCCUCGUCGGGUGGGGCGAGAGCACGCUCGAGGGCCACACCGAGGCGAUCGAGGGCGCGUUCCUCGAUCUCAAGGAGACGUUUACCGGCUGGGACGCAGACGGGAUCGAGGACAUAUGGCAGCACGCGUACCGGAGCAGGUUUUAUCGCGGGGGGCCCGUGCUCAUGUCGGCGCUGUCGGGGCUGGACAUCGCGCUGUGGGACAUCAAGGGCAAGAAGCUCGGCGUGCCGGUGUGGCAGCUGCUCGGCGGGAAGGUGCGCGACCGCGUCAAGGUGUACGCCUGGGUCGGCGGGGACCACCCGAGCGCGGUGUUCGAGGCGACCAAGGUGCGCAAGGAGCAGGGGUUCACGGUCGUCAAGAUGAACGCUACCGACUCGGCGGGAUGGAUCGACUCGCCCGCGCUCAUUGAGGCGGCGGUCAAGCGCGUUAGGGAGGUCAAGUCGCUUGGCAUGGACGCGGCGGUCGACCUCCACGGGCGGCUGCACAAGGGCAUGGCGCGCCAGUUCGCGAAGCUCCUCGAGCCCGAGCUGCCUUUCUUCAUCGAAGAACCCCUCCUCCCAACCCAAGUCGAAGAAUUCGCCGAUCUCGCGCGCGCCGUCUCGACCCCAAUCGCGAGCGGCGAGCGCCUCUUCACGCGCGCCGACUUCCGUCCCUACUUCGAGCGGCGCGCGCUGGACAUCGCGCAGCCGGACGUGUCGCACUGUGGCGGAAUCAGUGAGCUGCGCCGGAUCGCAAGCAUGGCGGAGACGUACGACGUCGCGCUCGCGCCGCACUCCCCGCUCGGCCCGAUUGCGCUCGCGGCGUGCAUCCAGGUCGGGCUGGCCGUGCCGAACUUCGUGAUACAAGAAAUGAGUUGGCAGAUCCACUACAACUCCUCGGACGCCGACCUCUUCACGUACCUCUCCGAUCCGUCCGUGUUCUCCGUCAGCAACGGGCACGUUGCCGCCCCAGAAGGGCCAGGACUCGGGAUACAGAUCAACGAGGCGCUCGUGCGCGAGCGCGCCGAGGUGUGCUUCACGCAGCCCCCGUGGCGCAACGCGACGUGGCGCGGCGAGGACGGGUCGCUGCGCGAGUGGUGAGGAAAUUCAAGCUACGUGUCAUCGGGGUCGGACUGGGAGAUUCUACAAGCACUGGCGAGUGUGAUGCGCCGGAGAGCAGACGUGAAACUGGAGAAGGAGAAAAUGUGUAUGAUUACAGCUCGAGCUCGAAAUGUCUGAAUAUGUAAGACAAAGUAUGUAUGAUUGAAUAGACUCUACAUUGAUGGCAAGCUGUCAGAUGUCUU